ACCAUGCUUCAUCUGUAUCUACACAGUCAGUCAAAGAAACCAAUCCCCUGCGGUCAAAUCUUGCAAAAUAAAAUCCAAAUUAAUUUAUAAACUACUGUAAUUAAUUAAUGAUACAUGUUUUUCUUGUCAGCAAGUGAAGAUAGCAUGUGAUCCUUUCUACUAGGUUUUCAUUUUCAUUCUCUACUUUCUUUAUUAAUCCUGUACCACCAGCCAGCCAGCCGCUACAUUCCAAAUCUACUCUUUAUACAUACAGCCAUUGUAUAUAAACCCCAAUAUCUAUAUAUUGUACCUCAAAGAUCCCCAUUUCAUCUUAUCUUGUGAUCUCUUCAUUGUGGUUAAUGCCAUUCAGUAUAAACAACGCAUAGUACACAUCCACCCACUCUUGUCGGAGGUCUCCUUAAAAGCGGUCUGUCUACUGUCAGAUAGAGUUAUGACCGUCUACAUCUCACCUCCCUCAUACCCCGCCCAUGGAGGGAUUUUGUUGUUAAUAUGAGUGAAUAGAAACUACAAAUAUGGGUAUUUCUGGAAAGUGGAUUAAAUCACUCAUUGGUAUUAAGAAACCCGAGAAGACUCAACAAUCUGACAGUAAUGAAAAUAUUCAAAAAACAGUGAAUUUUGGGAAGUUCCGGCACCAGAGAAAGAAUUCUGUAGAGAUCAAUGGUAACUCAUUUGAAAACAAGCUCAAUCAAAAUCGUACUGACCUAGUUGAAGAUGGGCAUAGUUAUGCAGUGCCUGACUCCCUUUCCACUUCACUUCAAAUGCAAAAUUCAUCUCAAACUAAAGUGCAAACCAGAGAAGAGUGGGCAGCUAUACGAAUCCAAACUGCUUUCCGAGGAAUUUUGGCUAGGCGGGCUUUACGAGCUCUAAAAGGAUUGGUGAGACUACAAGCUCUUGUGAGGGGGCAUGCAGUGAGAAAGCAAGCUGCAACAACCCUUCGAUGUAUGCAAGCUUUGGUAAGAGUUCAGGCUCGUGUUAGAGCUAGGCGUGUUCGUCUUGCAUUGGAAGACCAAUCAGAACAACAGCAACUACAAAAUGAGGCCCGUGUUCGAGAAAUAGAGGAAGGAUGGUGUGAUAGUGUUGGUUCAGUUGAAGAAAUCCAAGCAAAGUUGAUAAAGAGACAGGAGGCUGCCGCUAAACGUGAGAGAGCCAUGGCAUAUGCUCUUGCUCACCAGUGGCAAGCAGGAUCGAGACAACACUCAACCCUAUCUGGAUUUGAACCAGAUAAAAGUAACUGGGGUUGGAACUGGUUAGAGAGAUGGAUGGCUGUUCGUCCAUGGGAGAAUCGCUUUCUCGACAUUAAUACAAGAGAUGGAGCGAGUUCUGCUAAACCAGAGCAGGAUCAUAGCACCAAAAACCAGUCGAAAUCUACUGGCAAGAAACCUAAUGCAUCAAACCUUCAAUCAGAUUUGUCAAAUGAGAAAACAGGGCAGUCACCUUCUGAUGACUUGGGUUCGUCCCCUAUCAAGUCAACAAGCAUGCAAGAAGUACCUGCCACUGAGUGUGUCGACCCAAGGUUCAACUCAGUAGUUGUUGAUUUAAUUGAUGAGCAAGGCCCUAGACCUGGUGCUGGGUUAAGAUCCCACAGCAAUCCUAAAGAGAGAUCGUCAGUUGUGGGAAAUCAGGGAAAGAAGCGAAGAUCUUUGCCUAGUGGUGGCAAGUCUAGGCAAGGCUUAGGGGCUCAAAUGGCCAAACAACCUGGUAAAGCUGCUGCAAAAACGCUGAGCACUUGACUAGCCAUAAGCCCAUAACAUCUCCAGUCAGCUGCUGCCACUCAGAAACAUGGUACCCUUUUAAUCAACAGUUGCUGCAAAUCUAAAUAUCUGUAUAUACAUGAGCAGUUAAUACAAGAUAGCAUUUUUUCGGGUUGCUAUGCCAAGCAUGCUGCCAGAGAAGUGAAUAAAGAUCAUGAAAUUUAUUUGGGAAUCUUGUAACCUUGUAAUUAUUCAUUGUCAUUAUAUUUGUAACUAGUGUUAUAUUAUGUCAUUAAGAGCUGGAAACCAUCAGGUCUUGAGGUCUUGUUUGUACAAUGCCAAAACUUCACUGAAUACUUUAGUACCAUCUAUAUAUCUAUGUUCUGCCGGCAUAUGCUGUAUGAAUUCAGAUUUCAUUCUAUUAAAUUUCCAAAUUGUUGUUUAUCAA